AACUCUUGAUUUCUAGACACUUAUUGCCAACAACUUCUUCUGAACAUCAUAGCAACCAUGGGCAAAUACUCCGACGACACCAACUGGGACGACAUUGUCCCUCUGCCUCAGGAUGACGGCGGCCCAAACCCUCUCGCCGCAAUCGCAUACACGGACGACUACUCGGAAGCAAUGUCCUACCUCCGUGCCAUCAUGGCAAAGAAUGAGAUGAGCGAGAGAGCAUUGACCCUGACCGAGGAUAUUAUCGACAUGAAUGCUGCACACUACACUGUCUGGCUAUACCGCUCCGAGAUCCUCAAAGCCCUGAAUGCAGACCUCUCAAAAGAACUAGAAUGGCUCAACGAAACUGCCCUCGCACACCAAAAGAACUAUCAAAUCUGGCACCACCGUCAACUCGUUGUGGAUCGUCUGGGCUCCAGCAAAGGCGAAGCAGACUUCAUCUCUCAAAUGUUCGAACUGGAUGCAAAGAACUAUCACGUGUGGAGUUACAGACAAUGGCUGGUUCGCAGAUUCGAGCUCUGGGAUGAGGGAGAGUUGGAGGCCACGGAGAAGUUGAUUGAAGAGGAUGUGAGAAACAACUCGGCAUGGAACCAUCGUUUCUUCUUGGUGUCUGGAAGCAAACCGCCAAAGACAGAGGACAAGGAAGUGGUGGAGAGAGAGAUCAAAUUUGCCCAAGAAGCCAUCCGCAAAGCACCGCAGAACCAGUCACCCUGGAACUACCUCCGUGGUAUUGUUUCAGCCGCCAAACUUCCCCUCUCUUCACAAAAGGAGUUCGUCAACGAAUUCGCAUCUGUGGACUCCGAGGACGAAGAUGCUGUUCGCUCAAGUCAUGCACUCGAUCUACUCGCUGAGAUCUAUGCUGGUGAGAAGGAGCAGAACGAGAAGGCUGCCAAGGCAUAUGAUCUGCUGGCUAGCAAGUACGACCCCAUCAGAGCCAAUUACUGGGCUUACCUCAAGGACCAAUUGAACCAAGGUCAAGUGGCCGCUUAGACGUCAGAAACACAGCAUGGCAGAGGCGAAAGGGUGGAACUUUCUUUUUGCAUAGGUAGCGAUUUUGUUCUUUUCAAUUCAUGAUACCCAGCAUGGGCGUUUUGUCUAUUA